CUUUUAUAUCCGAUAUCUAAAACGCUCUCAAGUAUAGCACAAUCCACAACAACAAAAAGUACAAAUCUUACUCUUCUUUUCAGCUAGAUUUUACUAAUCACUCGCCAAGAACAACCAAUGGCCGUUCGAUCAACCGGUCACUUGAAAAACGUAGUGCAGAGGUUAAGAACUUACACGAAGGCGACAACCGUACCAAGAUCCAAAGCGUAUUCUACGGCGGCAACAGAGUAUGGUGGCCAGAGAACCGCCACCACAGCGGCAGCAACAAAAGGUGACUUCACACCAGUUUACGUCUCCAUAGGAUUGAUUUCAUUGUCAGUAACAUUUGGUGUCUACACUGCGUAUCUUCAUCUACAUGAAAACCCUGGCGUACGUGUCAACAAGAAGAUGAGAGAGACCGUUCCCGAGAUCGAAGAUCCAGAUAGAGUUCUAAACGAAGCGGACCGGUUCGCUAACAGGUCUUGGUUUAGGAAAAUAGCUCACGUUCAAGAGUUUGACAAGCAGGAUGUGAUCUCUGACCCAAUCAGGAAAGACCAGUUUGCUCAUAAACCUCGUGCCUUGACGCUUAAGGAUGUUGGCGUUGAUCCUAAGAUAUCGGCUGCUGCAGCUCACUAAGUUUUUAUGAAGGCUGGUUUAUGUGUUUUGUUUUCCAUGUUUCUGUCGAUAAAUAAAACAUCUGAAGGAGAUCAAAGAGUUUUCAAAUGGGUCGGUUAAGGUUUUAUCCUGUUUCCUCUUGGAUGUAUUACAGUGAUCAAGCAACUUUUGAGUGUAUUUGUGUUGUUUCAACAGCAUGUAAAUUAUCUAAUGAAAUUUCGGUCGAAGUAAUAAUACAACUUCGUUUUGCUUCU